GGCUUUCGCGCAGCGCUAAUAAUGAAUUGAUCCUUUCCACGCCUGCGCAUUUCCCAUUCAUCUUUGGUCUCGUGCAUGCACGGAGCCAGCAGGCGGCCCACGUUGGAAUCAGACUCGCGGACGGACAGCAUUCGGUGUAGUCAAGCCACCGUUUAUCAACUCCCUGGUCUAGUGUCUUCAGUUUCACUUGUGCGAUUGUACUGGAGUGUUUUCACAGUACCUGUCUUGAAUGUCCACAACCCCCGGCGUGCUCUUGCAGUGUGAUCUGAUCCGGUGCUGGAGAAGGACCGAGCGGGCCGCUCUUACAGCUGCAGGUGUGUUCGGAGCAGUUCUGGGCUGUGUGGGUGUGAGUGCGUGUGUGAGUGAGUGUGUGGGUGUGAGUGUGUGUGUGUGUGUGUGUGAGUGAGUCUGUGUGCUUGUGUGUGAGUGUGAGGUGGCGCGGGGGCCCCGAAGCGGGCGCAUGAGGAGAGGGCGUGUCCCACCCCACAGCGCUCCCGGCAACGCACCUAGCAACGCAGCCCCCCCCUGCUGGGAGACACACACACCGCUCCUCCCACAGCCAUGAGGUCUAUCCGGUCAUUCGGGAACGAUGACCGCCACGUCAUGGCCAAGCACUCCACCAUCUACCCCUCCUCGGAGGAGCUGGAGGCCGUGCAGACCCUUGUGUCCACCGUGGAGUGCGCCCUCAAGCACGUCUCCGAAUGGAUGGACCAGCAGGCCAACCAAUCACAGGCUGCCAGCAGCCCAGACGAUGACACAGACGCCAGCACAGACGAAUCAGCAGAAGACAGCACCAAGUCAGCCCCUCCCUCCAUGGAGCCUGGCGGUGGUGUCCUGUGUGGGGUGAUCCGGAUCGGCCUGGUGGCCAAGGGCCUCCUCAUCAAGGACGACAUGGACCUGGAGCUGGUGCUCAUGUGUCGGGAGAAGCCCACCGAGACGCUGCUGCGCACCGUCUCCGACAACCUGCCCCUGCAGAUCCAGAAACUGACGGAGGAGAAGUACGAGGUGCAGUGCAGCGUUCCCGAGGCGGCCAUUUUGGUCCAGAGCACUGGCGAUCCCAAACUCACGCUGAAGGUCACGCUCACCUCGCCGCGGAUGAGAGAGGAGGACAUGCCCACAGACGCGGCCGACGCAGCCGACGCAGCCGACGCGGCAGACACGGCCGACGCGGCAGACACGACCGACGGGGCAGUUGUGGCGGACACAGGGGCAGUUGUGGCGGACACAGGGGCAGAUGGGGUAGAUGGAGCAGAUGGGGCAGAAGCAGCAGAUGCGGCAGACACAGAGACAGACACAGAGCGCGCUGAGCCGUGCGCGGAGCAGGAGGUGCUGGACAGAGAGCGGUGCCUGCUGGCGUUGGCGUCCCUGCGGCAUGCCAAAUGGUUCCAGGCUCGAGUGAAUGGGCUUAAGUCGUGUGUGAUCAUUCUGAGAGUUCUGAGGGACAUGUGCAACAGAGUACCCGCCUGGGAGCCACUCAAGGGAUGGCCCCUGGAGCUGAUCUGCGAGAAGGCCAUCGCCACGUGCAACCGGCCGCUGGGCGCUGGAGAGGCGCUGCGCAGGGUCAUGGAAUGCCUCGCCUCCGGAAUCCUGCUGCCCGGUGGCCCAGGUCUACACGACCCAUGUGAGAAGGAGCCCACAAACACGCUGGCCAGCAUGACUGACCAGGAGUCCGAGGCCAUCACGUACAGCGCACAGCAAUCUCUGAGGCUCAUGGCGUUCGGACAGAUCUACAAGGUCCUGGAGAUGGAUCCACUUCCCUCAAGUAAACCUUCACAGAAGUACCCUUGGUCAGAUAAAGAAGGCCUGGGACUGAAGAGACCGUACGAGGACGGGGUGAUGGAUGACAAAGACCUCAUCAAGAAGAUGAAACGCAACCUGAGAAAAGUUCUGGACAGUAAAGCAAUAGACUCGAACCAACCAAUGAACGCGCUGAUGCGGCUGAACCAGAUCCGGCCGGGCCUGCAGUACAAGCUGCUGUCCCAGUCGGGCCCCGUGCACGCGCCCGUCUUCACCAUGUCUGUGGACGUGGACAGCACCGUCUACGAGGCCUCCGGCUCCUCCAAGAAGACCGCCAAGCUGCACGUGGCCGUCAAGGUGCUGCAGGCGAUGGGCUACCCCACAGGUUUCGAUACGGAUCUGGACUCCAUGAGUGCAGAUGAGAAGUCCGACGGGGAGGGCAAGAGCGAGUCGUCCACCAACUCAAGCAAUAACACAUCGCACUCCACAGACAGCUCCAACACACUGGAGGUACACACACACAAACCGGAGGUGAGAACUCAGGGCCCCAUUCUGACAGCGAGCGGUAAGAAUCCGGUAAUGGAGCUGAACGAGAAGCGCCGAGGCCUCAAAUACGAGCUCAUCUCAGAAAGCGGAGGCAGCCAUGAUAAACGCUUCGUCAUGGAGGUGGAGGUUGAUGGGCAGAAGUUCCGCGGCGCGGGACCCAAUAAGAAGGUGGCGAAGGCGAGCGCAGCCCUGGCAGCUCUGGAGAAGCUCUUCUCCGGCCCCAACGCCGCUGGCAACAAGAAGAAGAAGCUCAUCCCUCAGAGUAAAGGGGCCAUUGCGGCUGCCGCUGCUGCGUCUGCUGUGGCGGCUCAGGCAGUCCGGGGUCGAGGCCGAGCCGCCCUCACGAGAGGAGCCUUCAUCAGCGCCGCCGCUCCAGGAUACGUCACGCCAGGCUUCGGGACUCCGUACGGGUACAGUGCAGCUGCAGCAGCUCCAGCUUACGGUGGUCUUUUCAUUGACAAUCCCUUUUACCAGCCUCGGACCAUCGCACCCUUUAUAAUUCACUUGGGUCCUCAAGAUCUCUUCUCUGACUUCUAGAACCAUCAGGUUGUGUGGCUCUAAAGUGUCGCUUCUGCCCUCCCCGGUCCCGACAAACCGCCCGCUGGCUGCCUGCAUCACACAGGGGCGGUCAGACUGCACACACACACACACACACAAACAUUCUCUCUCUCUCUCUCUCUCUCUCUCUCUCUCUCUCAAUCUCCGUCUGUCUUUCUCUCUAUCUUUCUCUCUGUCUUUCUCUAUCUCUCUCCUUCUCUUUCCUCUCCAAGAAAAACUCCCUCCUCUAGCCGAAUUCUCUGAGCGAGAGGGAGUAAAACUGUGAGAAAGAAAAGAGAAAGGACACGACUAAGAGCAAUACUCUUAAUUUGACACUUUGGGUUUUGGCCUCCCCCCCACCCCCCCCUCCUGGCCCUCGGCCCGGCCUGACGUGGGACCUCUGCUCCAAACCGAGGCGGCUUCGGCGGACCGAGAGCCUCUUUGACUAUAGCAAUACUCCUCCAACUCUUUGGUUUGGGGGGCUCAAAGCUUGACCUUGAAAGACGUGAAUGUUCGGUUGAGUCUUGCCCGAUGUCGCACUGCUCUGCUUUUCUUUCUGUUGUCAUUGUGUAUAUUCACUCCAGUGUAUUUGUGUGGCUAUACUAUAAAUACAUGCAUAUA